GUACCCCUUGUCGCGCUCUAAAGCGUCCACUCACUUGUUCUGGCUUUCUUUUGUUCCGGUUGUCUACCGUCUCUGGAUUCUGGUAUGCUGUCAUUGGCCUUCGGAAAGCGCAAGAGCAAGAAGAAUGCGCAGCCGAUUCGAGUGGUCAAGACCGCUGUUGAUCCAGAACCUUUUACAACUUCGGGAGUAUUGGAGAUCAGAGCGACACCUCGGACUGUACACAGUGCUCUACCUGAGCAGGCCUCUGACCGCAGCCCUCGCGAGCCCUCGUUCCUUGACACUCCUUCUCCUCGCGUAGAACUCGAGUUACCGAACGAGCAUUGGUUCUCUUCUGAUAUCCUCAGUUUGGGCCCUAUUCCAACUGCCGUUCCUCCUAGAGGCGACUCUCUACCCAGAAUCGAGGAAGCCGAAGCUGGUGAAGCUGGUGAAGUCUCCGGGAAGGAGGAUACACAAGAACCCUCCGUAGGCGUCGAACAAGACGAGCGGGCUGGGGUCGUUCGUAAAUCCGCCAAAGGUGCUCCCGCUCCGAUCAGGAUUCCUAACCCAGAAUACCACAAAUCGUCCAAAUACCAGAUUCAGCGUUCUGCCGGUGCAUCAGCGGAACAUCUGAACGUGCGCUCGAACAAAGAUACUACGGAUGCCUCACCUUUGAUAGCUGACGACGCGUCCACGAUAUCUACCUAUACCCUCCCUGGAUCUAUCAUUGGUGGCAGCACGCUCGACCACCGUUAUUCGCGGUAUCUCACUCGUCAAGACUCGGCCACUCUUCCUCAUGGAGAGCAUCCUGGAUCGACCUCUCCCCCGUCGCGAAAUAGACCUCUGAGCUCCAACACCAUUUCGUCCUCUUCUGGGUCGAGAGUGACAUCUUCCAUACCACCUGUCCCACCCCUCCCGACCCCCACUUCCCCCGCAGAAAUUUCAGUCACCCGGUCGAAUGAUGGACAAGGUGGGCAUGGUACAGUGACGGGUCUAUCGGUAUCCAAGUCGAACCGGGCUGCAGGUACCUCUCGACAAUCCAAGCCGCCUGUAACGCAUCGGAUGGUAGAGACUCCCCCCGUCUCACGCACACCAAACACCACCCGAAUCUUCUUGCCUGGAAUGCACAUGGCGCAUAGUGUAUCACCGGUUACUGAGGCAUCUGCAUCUAUAAAGUCCUCUCCCGGGACGCCCGAGCGGGAACCUGCAAGCUCGACAAGCACGAAGCGGUCGCAUCCUUCACCGCUUUCUCGCCCAACGCGGACCGGCACAUCAGACAGCGAUCAAUACCUGUCUCCCUCGACGUACCCUCAAUCACGCGCAUCACCACACUCGAACUUUUCCACCCCCUCCGGUGAAGACAUCGACGAGGUCUUGUUGGAUCAGUAUUUACAGCCUGAUUUAUUUGGGAGGAGUCCAAGUACUGCUUCGUCUGCAGGUGCAGAUGGCCAUUCUAUCUCCUCUGCGAGUGUGGGAGAUAGUGGUUCGAAAGGGAGAAAGACUUCUUCUCAACUGUCUGACAACCGGGAUGCACUCCCUACAUCUGCUGAUUCCAAGACUCAGUUAUCUUCACGCAUACGGUCUUCCUCUCUUGGAGACCUUCGGCACUCUCGUUCUUCUCCUCCGUCCAAACCAUCUCCGCUUCAUCCUUCCGCUCUUCAUCCCAUCGGCGAACGCCUACAGGAGAGUCCAGGUGUUGAAUCCAACGGCUUGAAAUCCACACCAGGCAUCUCUCACCUUUUCCUUCACCGCCCGGCGGAUGUCCCCUCGAGUGCUUCCACAAGCUCUCACUCCUCGGCGGGUAUACUCGUCUCAAGAUCGAAGGUCUCUCCUUCCGACAGCAGCCAUUCACAAACACAUACCCGUCCAGUCGAUUUAGCUAUCAUGCGCUUCCGUGGGCAUCAACCUCUCAAUCCCAUAACUGUCGUCCGCGACCCGACCGACCCUCUUUCUUUUGAUAUCGCCGUCAACGACGAGAUCGAUGAAUCCGGAGGGAUUUCACCACCAUCGAGUGGAGAGCGCCAAACCUUCCCUGAGACUCCCAGUGCCUUCAGUCCCAUGUUCUCAGCCAACCGUCGGAGUGCGUCACCUGGAAUGUCUCCCGCACUGGCCUCAGGACGCUCGGAUCAGAACUCAGCCUUCAGGCGGAUGCGAAACUCUGCAAGAUUAUCAUCGAAGAACUUGAAUCGCUCGUUAUCCCAUGGCAAGUCUCUCACGCGGGGCCGCUCAUGGAAGAAUAUGAACUCCAACUCUCGUUCGCCGCUGAUGCCAUCCGAGCCUGUUCCCUCUACGUCGGCGUCCGCUCGCGAUCAAAGCGGGCCUCCGAAUGACUCUGGUGGUGUUCUGCGGAUCCAAUCUGCCACCCAGUCGACAAUCCCACUCCCAUCAUCAUCCUCAUCGCUGCCCCCAAUCUCACCUCCACCUCCACCACCUCUACCCACCUCAUUCGGACUACAACCUUCACUUCUCCUCGUCCCUCCACCCCCUCAUCGUGAUUCGGCUACCAAACUAGUUCCCGGUCCCAGUCCAGUUUCUCAGCGGCGUGCGUCUCCGUCUCCAUCUGGGACACACAGCUCGUCAUCAUCCUCACGACAUCUACCAGCAUCUCUCUCAUCACAAUCAACUGCGCCUAGUUCAUCAUUAGUAUCUAUUGCGCCACCCGCACCCACAGUCUUUCAAGAGGUCAGCUAUCAGGGUGUGGCACCGCCCAAUGCACCUCCUCCGGCAUAUGAUACCCUCGCCAACAUAUCCGAAUCAGGGGCUCAUGCUCAGACGCAGUCGCAGACAAUCGCUCCAAUUAGCACCGUAGGUGGUCGUCGUACUUCCGGUCGGCCUCCUCUGCCUAUCGGACCUCGUAGUCGGACCACUCCAGGCACCGCACCGCUCUCUCUCGACAGAAACAGAUCGGGCUCGACAUCAUCUGUCGGAUACGGCGGUGCAGGCGGGGCUAGCACGCGAAGACCGUCAACCGCCUCGACUGUGCACCCGCCCUCAGCUCCUCGUUUCCAAGCGAGUCGAGUAAAGUACAAAGGGUACACGAUGGAGGCGGCGAAAUGGAAAUUCACAUCCUCCGAGCUCCAGUCCAUCGUCUCGCGUGCGAUCAGGCAGUCCGCCGAGCCAUCAUCGAUUCGACUUCUUCCGGUGAACACCUUGGAUAACGAGUUGCCUCAUGAGCUGGAAAGGCUGGAGGCGCUUCAGGCGGAGUUAAAGACGAAGUAUAAGCUGCAAGUUCGCAGGCGCAAUAAUCUCCUUACUGGUCUCGCCGCACAUGCCGACGGCGGUCGGGAGAUCAAUGCGCAUUCUUUGAGGAAUCUGGUGGAUGAUCUGCAAGACGUGUCGCACACGCUCGAUCAGGUUUCGGAGGACCUUUACUUUGCGAGGGAUCAGGCGGCACAGCUGGUCGCGCUUGAGGUGACGCAUGCGGGGAGUGCACUCGCGAUGGCCUUGAGGAAGCUUAACGCCAGCUAUCUCAAGCGGUCCGCUCAGGUUCAAGCGCUUCAGGAACAGAUCAACGCCCUGGAGGCGGAGAGGGAAGAGGCGUGGUCCGAGGCUCAACGAGUGGCGCAAGAUCUCGACGACUUGAACGAUGUUCUACAAGACGUGCAUCCAGGUAACUCGGCGAUAUCAGCUAGCCGAAGAUCUAGUCGCGUUUUGGCGUCGAGGAAGUCGAGCAUCAGGGUGUCAAAGGCGGGGUUAAGGAGGAGCAGUAGUAUUUCUGGGAGGCGUAGUCGAGCUUCCAUGGGGAGCCAGUUCUGCGCCAGCGGGAUCCCGACAGGCUCUUUACCGUCAUCUGCGUUCCAGUCGGAUCUCGUCAUUCCACCAGUACCGCCUGUGCCGCACGUUAUGCCUCUUGGGAUCAAUACGAAGGAUUUGUCCGCUCGAACUUCUGCGUACACCUCCGACUUCAGCCCGUCCGAGGAGACACACGCGCUGCAUGAAGCCCAAAGAGAGCUCUGUACCAUGCUCGGCAUAUCAAUACAGGAUAUUCGGAGGCCUCGCCAGAGGCCCUCGUCUAUGUCUGCGUCCCCUGAUUCUGUGCCUUCGAGGAUGAGCUUGGUUCCUAUACCGCGACCACAACCAAGACUAAGACCGCGUUCGGAGAUCAUCGGAAGUCGAGCGAGUGCGGCUCAUAGAGAUAUGGGCGUAUUGGAUGCUUUUCAAAGUUUGCCGCCAGAUGAUCGAGAUAUGAUAAUGACUACGCUCGGACUUUUGGAGUAAAAGAGCCGUCUGACCAUCUUUGUCUCCACUUGUGUGAUAUUUAUUACUUACAUCGUUAUUUACUUACUGUCAUCGAGCUGUGCUUCGACCACAUUCUUGAACCUCAAUACCCCUCCCUACUACCACCUAGCAUCGGCGUCUAGGAUUUCGAUCUUCUUGUCGCUCUUUAUUUAGUCUUCAGCUCCCUUUCAUGCGGACUUCGCAGAUAUUGCUGCACAUGGCCUUUCACGAGUGGAGGACUUAUCCUUCUUCAUUUACCUGGGUGUAUCUCUUUUAGUGGCCGGUGGUUGCCCAUACAGUCGUUGUUGUAUGAUUCUUGACAGUUCGCG